GGGAGACAGGGACGCGGGGGACAGGAAGAGGGGGACAGAGCCUCUACACCGGGCGACCAGGUCCAGGAGGGGAGGCAGGCGGGGGUGGCGCACGAGAGCAGGCCAGGCGCGCGCCAGGGCUCACGAGAGCUUCCUGGGGUUUGUGAACAAUAUCCUCCCGGGUGCCUGCUCCCCUGUUCUCUGCCCCCAGCACUAGCCCUUGUGUCACCCCAGCCUAGAAAAGCGAGGACCAGGCGGUGGGAAGACCUGAGCUCAAGGAGGCAGAGCACAUCCAGGGUGGAAGGGCCACAGCCCACCUGGGCAGCGCACCUGGCCCAUUCCUGGAGACAGCACCUCCCCAGGGGUCACUUCCCUCCUUUUAGGACUGAGUACCAGGACUGGAAGGAUGACGACCCCGUCGGGAGACUGAGGUAGGGAGGAGGAGAGAGACAGGUGAUGGGGCUCUUGCCUUCCCCUCCCCACCUGCAUCACACUCCAACCAAGUGGCGGUAAAAAACUGGCAGAGGAUCAGCGGGGUCGGCAUCCCAGCCUCUUUGCGCCACCUGGUGGUGAUGAGGAAGAAAGACAAAGCAAGUGGCCGUGAUAAGAAGGGAAGGCAGUUGCCGCUCCCCACCCCUGGAUGAGUCCGUGUUUGGCCAGCUAAUCAUCCCCAUUUCCACUUCUCCCCAUAGUCUUCUGCUCCUCCCCCUCGGAGCAGGGUUUCCCCUCGAGUGCUGGCGUGGGCCUGAGUCACCCUCCCAAGCAGCAAACUCUGAGAGCUGUAGAGGAACUAGAGUCACAAGUGGCAGGCUCAGGCUGCAGCGCCCGCUCUCCGUGCCUCCACCAGCCAGGCCUUCCCAGAACGCAUAUUUUCCGCUCAGCUGGGGCUCAGGAAAGAUGAGAAUGUGUCUCAAGGAUGAUGACUCUCUGGCUGAUUCUUCCUUCGUGUAAGGAGAGGACCAAAGAGCCGAACCCAGAGGCUCCUUCCGGGGUGAACUUCCAGAGCCACAGGAAUCAUAUCAUUUUCAAAUAUUCAUGGCAGAAGAGGGGGCUGCCCUUAAGGUCACCAGGGACCUGAAAGCUGCUGUCUCUGCCAUCCUCCAGGGCUACGGGGGUGGGCAUCGGGUGACAGACGCCAGCGCUGAGCUGCACGGACUCUGUGGCUGCCUGGAGCGGCUGCUGCAGUUUGACCAGAAACAGCAGAAGAGCUUCCUGAGACCUCAGAAGGAUUACUGGGAUUUUCUUUGCACUGCCCUAAGGCAGCAGCGGGGGAACACAGAGCCGGCCCUCUUUGUUCACUCACAGGACAAGUUGAAGACCCCUCUGGGAAAAGGCCGUGCCUUCAUCCGCUUCUGCCUUGCCCAUGGACAGCUGGCCGAGUGCCUGCAGCUCUGCCUCCUGAAUCCAGAGCUCACCAGGGAAUGGUAUGGCCCCCGGAGCCCUCUGGUGUGCCCUGAACUCCAGGAGGACAUCCUGGACUCCCUCUAUGCUCUCAACGGGGUGGCCUUCGACUUGGAUCUGCAGCGGUCGGACCUGGAUGGGGCCUGGCCCAUGUUCUCAGAGUCCCGCUGCUCUAAUUCCAGCCAGACCCAGGGAAGACCCAGAAAAACCAAAGACUCCCCAAAGGAGAUCUCAGCUGUAAAUGGAGGCCCCAAAGGAGUCCAGCCAGAGGAGGCACACACCAGCCAAGCCAGCUGUCUGCGAGAUGCACCAGGGGAAGACCGGUUGGCUGGACUCCCUAUGUCCCAGCAACAUAGGCAUCUCUCUCCCUUUUUGGAAAAGAAGAAAGAAGAUCCCAGGAGCCUCAGGGCCCUCCACAGCAUGUGGGAACCAGAGGGGGAGGGGCUACAGCAAGACCAGGAGAUGGGAGCCCCACGGACAGAGAUCUGCCUGGAACUCUCAACACCCAGCAUCCAGGGGCCGAGGGAGAGGGCCAAUCAGGCUCUGAAGGAGGUGGUAGAGACAGAGGGUGAGGGCCGAGGGGUCCUGCUGAGUACAGAGGGUCAAAGAACAGAGGGGACUCAUGAAAGGGAAGCAGAGUGGGGUCACAACCAGGGGCUGUUGGUCUCCAGCCCCAGAGGGAUGAAUGAGGGCUCCAUGUCACCAAACAGGCAGGAGAACAAGGAGCCUAGCAUUCUGGGGGAGCCCAGCGUCCUUCAGGGCCUGGGAACAAAGGAAGGCUCUACCACGGAGAAGCCACAAGAGCAAACAGGAGUGACCAGUGUGACCAGGAAGGAGGAGCAAGCAGAGAUGGCCUUGCAGGAUGCGGUCAAGACCCUCAGACAUAGGCUGCAGAAGACCAAGGAGCAAGCCUGGCACCAGGAGCAGCUGCUGAAGGAGCAAGAGAGGGAGCUGAAGGCACUGCAGGAGCAGCUCAGCAGCGGGCCGCUGCAGGCAGCGCUGGAGCAGAGGCAGCAGGAGGCUGAAAGGAGGGACGCCAUGUAUGAGGAGGAGCUUGCAGGGCAGCGGGACCUGAUCCAUGCCAUGAAGAGGCGGGUGCUGGAACUGAUUCAAGAGAAGGACAACCUGUGGCAGAAGGUGCAGCAACUCUCUUCCGUGGCCCCUGGAUGCUGUGUCAGCUGUAGCAAGCUCUUUGGCCGGCUGUCUCGGCGGUAUCCAUGCAGGCUGUGUGGAGGCCUGGUUUGCCAUGCCUGCUCUCUGGAUUAUAAGAAGCAAGAGCGCCGCUGCCCACCCUGCGCCAAGAAAGGAGAAGCCGAGGUUGUCUAACCAAGACCCACCCAGGACUGGCCAUCCAUUCCACCUGCCCCUCAGCACUUUCAGGACUUAUGAUCUGACCAAUACUACCUUCCAGAACUUGGUGUUUUAGGCAGACGGCACUUGAGGAGCCAGACGGCACUUGAGGAGCCAGACUGUGGUGUGGAGAGUGGAAAGGGCCAGGCUGGCAGUCAGGAGAUGGCUCAAGCCCUGCAUCUCCCACUGAUUAGCAGGGCGACUCAGCUCUGCAAGCUCUUCUGUAACGUGAGGAAGUCGGGUGUCAUCCACUCUAAAGUCCCUUUGGCUUCAGAUAAUCCUUGACUAAGAAUAAAACCCAAUGGCCUUGACUUUCUCCUCCACACUCCCUGCUCACCCAGACUGCCCUUCACCACAUUGCACUGUCUCCGGUCCUUAGGAGCUUCCUGUCUGGAGUCUGCUUCGGGCUCUGUUUUUGUCCCACUUUGUUUUUAACAUCUUUCCUGAGGCACUACUAACAUACAACACAAUUCACAUAAAUUGUACAAUUUGAUGAGUUUUUACUUUAAUUUAUACCCAUGAAGUCACCACCAUAUUCAAAAUAAUGAAUACAUCCAUUAGUGCCAAAGUUUUCUCCUGCCCUUUGGAAUCUCUCCAUCCCCCUCCCUUUGCCCCACCCCUAGAUAACCACUUACCUGCCUUCACUAAAGACAAGUUUGCAUUUCCUAGAAUUUUAUAUAAAUGGAAUCAUAUGGUC